GUUGCGCAGUGCGCCCCGAAGAGCAAGGCGCGGCAGGGUUUCGAGCGGGCGCUCGAGGCCUACAAGCUGGAGCUGGAGAAGGAGCACGUGGGCAGGGGGCCCCGGCCGACGAAGUUGGAGCAGGGCUACCCGCGGGACGCCUACGAGGGCAAGAAGGACACGAAGGUCAAAAAGGACAAGAAGAGCAAGAAGGCCAUCGGCAUCAUCUCCGCGGCGGAGCUGUCCAAGCUCCUGGUGGGCGGCUUCGGUGCAGGCGCAGCUGGCGCGGUUACGGCCUGUGGCGAGCCGCAGUUCUUCGACUUGGCCGGGGACGGCGACGACGAGGACGAGAGCCGUGUGACAGACGGCUGGGCCAGCUGGCAUGGCCUGGGCGUGGAGGUCACGCAACAGGAGUUCGAGGAGUCUGAGAAGAUCGUGGAGGUGACGCAGGCGGCUGUCGGCGGCGAGGGGCUCGAGGCCGAUGAGAAGUUCAAGCAGCAGGAGGUCAAGAAGGAGCAGCAGGGCAAGCUGGGAGCGGAUUCGGCUGCGACGGUUGCUCCGGAUUUGGCCGAGUUCCCCAAGGAGGAGAAGGGCAUCGAAAUGGUUCAGCAGCCGGAACCCGGCGUUACGGCGACGGCGGGCUUUUUGCCUGACAGCCUCUCCAACCGCGAGCUGCGCCAGCUCGCCGUGAAGCGGUUCGGUCAGGCCUGGGUCGACGAGAACCUCUUUCCCGAGUGAGGCUGGCCUGCGAUCGAGGCUGUGUGUUUUUCUUGGGGCGUUGUCCCGUGGGGGUGGUGGCGUUGGCCUCUCGUCGCCCUUGCUGGGUUCGCCUCGUUUUGGCCUCCGGGUCGGUUUUCCGCUCGUGGCGGGUCGCCGCCGCUGGGCGUUGCUCGAAAAUCUUGGUCUCCCGCCGGGCCGCGGCUCGUGCGGUGGCGCGGGCUACCUGCCAUGCUCCUGCCUGUCGGCAGGAGUCGCAGCGGGCAGCCUGCCAGUAACUUCUCGCUGGGCCAUUGGGCUCGGCUAGUGCGUUUCGGCGUAGGCCCGAGUCGCGUGGCCUGCGUGCCAGCGCCCUUUGACAGGGCGGCGUCAUCAGUAGCCUCAGUAGCCUCCUCCUCCUCCUACCCCCAUCGGACUUCCCCCCCGGGCCCUGCCGCCGAA